CUAUGCAUACAUGUGUUUGAAGUUGAAAAUCAGCGGGAUAUAUGACUGACUCAAAGUGGGCGGUCAAGUGUUGACAGAAAUCUUCCAAGCAUAUCAAAUACUGACUCCGUAAUAAGAAACCUUCUUUCCGAGCUCCCAUCAAUAAACGUUGUCGCCUUCCGGCGAUUUCUAUAGUGACUUGAGCAGCUUGGAGUGGAUUGAAGGGUUUCGUUAAUACUAACUUCCCUGGYUGAUUUAUAGUAAUUCUUUCACGUACGAUCGAGAGAAACCAUUCAUUCAGCAUUAUUCAUUAAUUUAAGACAAAAUAUCGUGUUAAUCUUUGAUCAAAGUGCUUCUCCUCUGUUUGAAYAGAGUUGUGUGACUUUUCAAAAGAGAUAUAAAUUGAAAACUCAAAACAAGGCAGAAGUCCUAAAAGAAGUGUAUAACAGUCUAGAAGGAGGUUGAAACCAAGACAAAAAUCUGUUUUGAAGAAAGAAAUCAGAAAUAUGGCAAUGGAUGACCAUUAUGUGAUUGUAACGUCUUGGAAUAUUCUUUGGUUUCUGCUUUCGGUAUCCUCACCCCUAGCAACUGUUGCCGGGAUACUGACACCCGAAUGGCUUAAAGGAUCAAUAGAAUUGGAAAGGCAAGCAACCAAUCAAACGCAAAUAUCAGAUGGAAUGAAAAUCCCUUCGCUGGGCAUAAUUAACUGGUGUAUUAAUAUUGCAACAUACGUUAACGGGAAAAGGGAAUUGCGAUGCAUGUAUUAUGGAGACAGUUUUGAUGAUAUUGCCUGCGGCGAGUGGAAGGCAUGUAUAAUUUUCCUGGUCAUCGGCACAGCUAUUUUAAGCGUCGUGGUAUUUAUGGCAUUUAUUGGAUUUUGUGUUCAGAGCAUUGGUCGUAAAUCAAUAUUCACAAUAGGAGGAUUAAUACAAGCUAUUGGAGGUCUUUUUCUGAUUGUUGGCCUGGUUUUGUACCCAGCUGGUUGGGGCAAUGAACGAGUUGAGCGUCUUUGUGCUAAAAGUUUCCAGACAAGCGGUGCAUUUGCAAUUAACGAAUGUUCUCUUGGCUGGGCUUUUUACGCAGCAUUAGGAGGAACCAUAGCUGCAUUCUUGUGCUCUGCCAUUGCAAUUCAAGCAGAAAAAUCAACAUCUAGUGAUAAAGUUCAAGACCAAAUCCUUGUGGGGAAGACUUGUAUUUGUCUUAUAUAGAACCAAAUAAACUUUGGAAAGAAUAAAGGAAAAAAUCCAUGAACUUUUGAAUGGAUAUUUCACAUGUAUUCUUGCACCAAUAUAGGAAGCAAACACUGUGAUAAACAACUGUUAGGAAUGAUGAACAACUGGCUGUGAAGUAUGGCACUUUACUCAUUUGAUAGUUCUUACAAAAUGCUAUUGCAACAUUUAUUGCCAAUUUUGGAGUUGAAACCGAUCAUGAGUAGCCUGUGUAGCACAUGCAGCUGAACAUAUAACCUGAUGCAUGAGUGCACUGGCUAGAUGAACGUUCGCUACUGGCUCAAAACAUGAAAAUGACCUGUGAAAAUGCUGUGAAAUUUCAAAAAUUCACAUAAAUUCUUAUCUACAGGUAUUUCACAUGAUUUUCACAUGUUCUCAUCCAGUAAUGAUUGACAUAGCAACAGUGCUGAUAGAGUUAUUACACAACAUUGGUUUCUUGAUGAAGUUCUGUUGAACUAGAACAUGGAAGCAACAUUUCACUGCAGUAGUGUGCUGCAUAUAUGCACAGACUCUAAUGUGUUACUUUAUUCAAGUAAAAAGAUGUUUACAAGAAAUCCCACUUGAGGGACAAUAAGUGAUAAACAAUUACAGUACAGUACUUUAGUUUAAAUGACCUCCAAGAGAUCUGUAGCUUAUUCACCAUUGGCUGAGAUGCUUUGUGAAGAUAAAUGUAGAUAAAAGAGAAUUGCAACCUUCCACAGCACAUUUUUGCUGCUAUAGGAAUGGAGCAAUUUAGACCUUUCCUGAAUUUACUUCAGUGACCAGGAAUCAAUGAUUCCAAGUUGAGGAUAGACUUGAUGUGUUCAUACAUUUACUGUAUUUUAUCAAGCUCAGUCUCUAAUUGCAGCAAUACACCUUUCCUGAAUUCACUUCAGUGACCAGGAAUCAAUGGUUCCAAGUUGAGGAUAGACUUGAUGUGUUCAUACAUUUACUGUAUUUUAUCAAGCUCAGCCUCUCGAAACAAUUAAUUCAUGGUUCACUCAAGUGAAUUCAUAAAAAUUAUAUUGCCAUGUAGUUUGAGUUCCACAACUAAAAUAGACAAGUCUGCCUUUUAUAAAUGUGGACACUUUUAUGAACAAUUAAUAUACCUUAUUGCUACAGAUUUAGAAUUGUUUUAGUCUUAAUACCUAGAGCUGUAGAUGAAUUGGUUAUUUCUUUAGCUUAUAACUUAGACUUUUUACUUUGGGCACAAUAUUUUCCCAUUUCAAACCAGAAAUUAGAGGUACAUCUUCGUGUAGAGGGCACAAUAUAGGACACUGUACGUAAUUCAAUAGAAACCUAUUGUAUUCUUUGUUAGCUUCAUUCUUCAGUAUACUUGGAGUCUUUUGUUGUGGCUUUCGUUGUGGCUUUCGUUGUGGCUAGACUGUGUCCUCUACAUAAAGUAAGAACCAAAAUUAGAACCAAAAAUGUUUAAGUGUGAGUUUUAUUAAUAGAGUUAUAUAAUUGGAGAAAGUCAUGGUACUCAAGGGCAUGGAGUUUUAAUGGGAAAGCCAUUGUGCUUGCUAAUUUUUAACAAUAAUAUUAACGAAUUCACAAUUUUAACGUGGAUGCAUGAAUAUGAUUAUAAACCAGAACACCAGAUUAAAAUUUUAAAAAUCAA